UCGAAAGCUUCGCUUCGCGCGCCAUUGGAGGAGGGUUAACGAGACGCUUUGUGAUUGGUCCAUUACUAUCAUUUGUCAAAAAUCAACCACGUUGGAUAUGAAAAUGCCGAUCAAGACAUUGUUGGUAUAAACGGAAGAAGUUAAAAGCAGUGACAAAAUUAAAUAAACGUGAAAUGGUUGUGUGUGAAGUGUUUAUUUACGGUUUUCGACGUUUGGUGUUUUUAAACGAUUAACAGAAAAGUUAUGUCGAAAUCAAUGAACAUGCUGAGAACCAGAAGACGGGAUAAUAACGUUAAACCGAAUCGAAGGGAUGCGCCUGUUCGCAGGUUGGAUCGGAAAUCUUCCAGAGGGAUGAUCUACGAAAACGAAGAACUCAGGUUGAGAACCAUCAAUAUCAAUGCGGAAAUUGAGAGAGGUCAAUACGAUAUAAAAAAAUUGAAACGUGAAAAUGAAAUGCUCAAGAAGGAAAUCUGGUGUUUGCGCGACGAGUACGACAAACUCGAUAAACUCCUCAAAGAAAAAGAGUACGAAUUUUCCUCUUCCUCAACUACUUGUAGUACAAGCGAUUCGGAAAGUUGCAGCACUUGUAGUGACGAAUCUGAAGAAGUUGAAACGUCCCAAAACCUCCAAAACGUCCAAAAAACCAACAUGAAAAAUCUCCAUUCCGAAUUCGAUCACUUAUCAGUUGUACCGGAAGAAAACAGUACCGAAAAUUCCGAUAAAAACUCGCUCCAAGAAAAUGUUAUUAAACCCGACCAGACUUAUGAAAACCCACAACCCAAAAAUUUUUUUUCACCCAUUACAAUAAGCAAAGAUGAUGAAUUUUUUAGUGAGAAAAUAGUGCCAACUGAUGCGAGUAAUUUUUACCAAAAUAUGAUUCUCGUGCCGAACACUGAACCAGUACCAUCCAUGGGCAAAACCACGACUGACUUAUUAGUAAAAACUGACAAUCACCCAUUUGAUGGUACUCCCAGUAGAAGCACUUUUAGCAAUGGAGGAAACCUAGAAGAGUUACUCAAUGAUAUCGAAACAAUUUCGCAGGAUAUUUUAAAAAUUACUAAUGAUCAAGUUGGCGAGAAUGGUACCCAAAAACCGUACAAAAGUGAACUAAAUGUGGUACUAAUGCCAAACCCGAUGCCACUCCUCGGGUUUGAGAAAUACAGAAAUCUGCAAAACAGUUUUGACAGUUUGCAUUCAAAAUCAGCAGAAAAACUCAACAUCAAAGAGGCUGAAACUUCACCAAACAUGCCUACCAACUGUGAUCAAACAAAUCCAUUUUUCAGUGAGCAAAACUCGGAUUUUUUCAACUCGCGUUACAACCCUGACAAUUUCCAAAAAGGCUCAAAAACGAAUCUUCUGGAACUGACCUCAUCCGAGUUGAUUUCAAGCGAAAAUGAAGAGAAUCUCAAAUUUCAAACGUCAAAAACUGACAACCCUGAGGAGAAAAAAUCCCCAAAAGAGAGUUUCCGCCGAAAAGUCUCCAUCCAUUUCAAGGGCAAAAAAGAGAAGAAAAAUUCGAUUUUUGAUAUAAAACUCGGGGCUUCUGAACCGAAACACCAGAAAACCCCAAGUCUAGAGUCGCGCAAGACCCCGGAACCGAAAACUUCCAGUUCCGGAUCGGAGAAGAAGAAACCGGAGGAGAAAAAAGCGUCAGUGAGCCCUGACCGGAAACACGUCCAUGUCAAAGACGAAAAAAGACACCGGAAGCAUAGGAAGAGCCGUCGGGGGACUGUCACCAGCGUGGAUCGGCGCUCCUUCUCCGUGUGCACCGACCGGUCGGAUCACCGCUUCGGGGCCCCCUUCGACGACCUUCACUCCGAGCGCGAGCGCACCAACAGUCUCAGUAGUUGCGAGACGGUGAAAACGCGAAAAAUGUCCAACAUUUCCAACAUUCCGCUCAAUGGAAAAGUGCCGUGGUGUGCUUGUUGGGGCAAUGGGUGUAUUUAAACUCACCGAAAAGCGUCGAUGUUGCGAGGAGGAAGACACAGAGGUGUUUAUUCAUGAUUGGGUCACGACAUUGUUCUGGGUCAAGGGGCCAAAAGGUCGAUGCACCUGUAUGAAUCACAAAUAAAGCAAAGUCUUAACUGGGGGGAUUUUAUUACUUACGGCAGAUAAAUAAAUAAAUUGCACUGAAAAUAACGCUGAUUUGUGUAAAUAUACACAAAGAAUGUUUUGGGAUGGUUUGACAGAAAAGUUACUAAAAAUAGGAACGCACCAAAAAAAUGUUGGCAACGCCAAGGAACGGAAUUUUGCAGUGGACCAGCACAAUAAUCAAAAUGCAAGACCAAAUAACUGUAUUUAUUAAAAAAUACAUGUUUUUCAAUUAAA